GUCUGGACUGUUCUGCCCCUACUUGUGCUCACGCUGCUGACUGUCGCCUGCAGGGAUGAAGAGUGGAGAGCUGAGUCUGUGAGAACGGGUGAUCGUGGUGUGGUGGUGUCCUGCAUUGUGACGCUGUGACACCGGGGGUCUGUGGAUACCGCUGCUGUGUGAAACACCCAACAACGCAUCAAGCUGGAUGUGCCACAGGUGGACAGAGGCGGUCUGUGGGCAGCCGCACGAAGAGGAAAUCCCCAGAUCAUGAAGAUGUGGAACUGGGUUUUCACUGUGGGUGUCCUGCUGUCUUCCAUCAAACUUGCUGAAGCUCAGGGUAGGUGUAAUAAUCUGCAGGCAGCAGACAUUGUGUUCCUGAUCGAUGGCUCUUCCAGUAUUGGACGCGCAAACUUCAUUCAGGUGAAAAACUUUAUGGCUGAUAUUGUGAAGCCUUUUGCCAGUUCUGUCAGCGAGUCAGGGGUCCGGGUUGGAGCUGUACAAUACAGUGAUACAUCAAGGGUGGAGUUCAACUUUAAUACACACCUAACAGGCACCGAUGUUGUCAAUGCCGUGCAAAAUAUAAAUUAUAAAGGUGGAAACACAAGGACUGGAGCUGGUCUAAAGUAUGUUUCUGAUAACUUCUUCAACCCUACCUCCACCCGAGAUGUCCCAAAGGUCACCAUUCUGAUCACAGAUGGGAAAUCACAAGACCAAGUAGAGGAACCAGCUCAGAAGCUACGUAGUCAGGGAGUUAACAUUUUUGCAGUUGGUAUCAAGAGUGCAGACAGGAGUGAACUUGCUCAGGUUUCCUCAAAGCCCAGCAGUGAUUUCACUACGUUUGUAGGAGACUUUAAGCUGCUGAAUACUCUCCUUCCUCUUGUGAGCCCAAAAGUGUGCUCAGCUGCAGGGGGAGUGUAUGCAAGUGAUGAGGCCUUUUCAGGUCCAUCUGAUCUUCAGUUCACUGGUCAAACAACUGAUUCUCUCCGAUUUCGAUGGAGUCCUGCAGGGGGCCCUGUGAGCGGCUAUGCCAUCCAGUAUGUGCCCCUCUCUGGUCUGGGUCAGCCAAUUGUUGCAGAAUUAAGAGAGGAAAGGCUCUCUGCCAGUCAGAGGACGUUCACUGCACGAGAGCUCAAGUCAGGAACAGAUUACCUGGUGACUGUCAUCGCCCAGUACCCCAACAGUGUUGGAGAGUCUGUUUCUGCAAAGCAGCGAACCAGAUCAUUACCAGGAGUCUCCAGCCUACGUUUGGUGCAGGCCGGGUUCUUCUCCCUCUCUAUUGAAUGGGAUAAACCAUCAUCUUCGCUGCAGGGCUAUAGGCUCACCUAUGGGCCACGAGGACAACCAGCGGCUCAAUUGUUGGAGCAGUCGCUGUCUGCAGAUACCACCUCUAUCACGUUGGAGUCUCUUCAGCCUGACACAGAGUAUGUCAUCAACCUUUACCCUCUGUUCUCCAGAAACGGUGCUUCCCCAUCUGUCCUCAAUGCUCGAACAUUGGUCCUGGAGGCAGUGCAGCAGUUAACAGUUGAGACUAUGUCAGAAAGCAGUAUUCGUGUGAACUGGAGACGAGUCACUGGUGCACGAGCAUACCGUUUGGUAUGGGGACCAUUUACAGGUCGCACUGUGGAGACUGUGGAAGUGGCAGGUGACACUGAGCUCUAUACUUUGUCUAGCCUGCAGCCUGAUACAGAGUACAUUGUCACCAUUAUCCCACUGUAUGAGGGCAACACUGAGGGGCCCAGAGCUACAGCCAGAUUCAAGAUAGAACGUCAAGAACAGCAGGUCCUCACAGCAGCAACCACAGGACCAUCCUCAAUCCGCCUAAACUGGAGAGUGAUCCGGGCUGCUAGAGGCUAUCGCCUGGAGUGGAGGGAGGGAGAAGGAAGUCCUAUCCAGAGCCUGUCCUUUCCUCAAAGCUCCACCAACUAUGAGCUAACAGGGCUCCAACCAAAUACAGAGUACAUCUUCACGCUAUACACGCUGUAUGAGGGCCGUGAAGAGGCCACACCUGUGUCCACUGAAGACAGAGAGAAGCAGCCAGUAGGAAGUGUGUCCAACCUGAGAGUGGUGGAGUCCCUUGGGAGCACAGUCCGCAUUGGGUGGACGGGUGUGGCAGGGGCCACACAGUACCGGAUUGUUAUCUUGAACACUGAGGAUGAAACAGAGACAAUCCAGGUUAUUCCUGGAAACCAGAGGAUCCUCGACUUAAGCGAUCUGACAGUGGGCGUUUCAUACGGUGUUAGCGUCACCGCAUUGGUAGGAGUUAAUGAAGGAAAGACAGUUACUGUCUACAUCAAACCAGAGCCAGCUGCAGGGAGAGUGACCAAUCUCAGAAUAACAAAUGUAAACAGUCGGAGAAUCCGCAUUGUCUGGCAAGGUGUUACUGGUGCAACAGGUUAUAGAGUUACCUGGAGACAAGGCAACAAUGCAGAACAAUCUCGUCUUCUGGGACCGGAGCCUACCCUUUUCACUAUUGAUGGCCUGCAACCAGAUGAGGCUCUUGUAAUUGGUGUCGCCCCUAUUGUUAAUCAACGUGUUGGUGAAGCCGUCACUCUGUCUGCAAGAACAAAUCCCUCUAGUGGAGCAUUGUCUGGGCUUCGCAUUACUGAAAUCUCAUCACAGAGUAUACGAAUUGCAUGGUCACCCUUUUCUCGGGCUACUGGAUAUAAGAUCACUUGGAGCCGUGAAGAUGGAACUGAAACAACACGAACCAUAGGUGCAGAUGUCUCUUCCUACAUCAUAGAUGGACUUCGGCCUAACUCAGCGUACACUGUACAGGUUUCUACUCUUGUUGGCUCUCGGGAAGGAACUCCAGCUAUUCUCAGGGUUAGAACAGAAUCAGAAUCGUUGGUGGGAACAGUAACAUCGCUUCAAGUACAGGAAACCCGAGGGGAAGUGGUCCGAGUUUCCUGGGUUGGGGUCCAGGGAGCAACAGCCUACCGCGUCACUUGGAGGAGAAUUGAUGAUGGGGUAGAACAAAGCCAGCUGGUGAGUAGAGAUGUGACAUCUCUGGAUUUGGACCAACUUGAUCCCGGCGUUCAGUAUGAGGUUCAGGUCGUCGCUUUAGUAGAAAACAGAGAAGGCGCGCCUGUUUCUGUCAGAGUCACCACACCUGGUUAUGUCACCCCACCUUCGCCACUACCAAACACCACUUUACGAGCCACAGAGGUUACUCAGGAUUCCGUGCGGCUGAGCUGGGCUCUCCUUCCUGGUGCCACAGGAUACAUUCUUCGAUGGAAAGAGGAGACAGAUGUGGGUAGGGGACUGUCUGUCACGCUGCCUGCAUUGUCCAGCUCGUACCUGGUGACCGGGCUGCGUUUGGGCCGCAGAUACAGAUUCACCAUCCAGCCUACUUUUGUAGGCGGAGUUUCAGCCGAGACUUUUGUAGAUGAACGCACAGUGUGUCUGGGUGGACGUCUUGAUGUGGUGUUUCUGGUGCCUGCAUCCACUGAUCGGGCUGACCUGGCUAGACCGCUGAGGGACCUUGUUACCAGUGCGGCAGGGUCACUUGCUGCUAUUGGGCCUCAAGACUCUCAGGUAGGGGUGGUUGUAUACAGUUUUAGACCCAAAAGCUGGUUCCUGCUCAGUCGUCAUUCCAGAUCUGACACACUGCUCCAAGAGAUCCAGUCAACACCCUUUGAUGAAAGCCCAGGGAACAACAUAGGUGAGGCGGUGAGGUUCACCCGGCAAUACAUGCUGACCCCCACAGCUGGAAGGAGGCCCAGGGUGCCUGGAGCAAUCGUGAUCAUUGCUGACAGAAAAUCUGUGGACAACCUGACCCUUGCAGUCAGCAGCCUAAGAGAUGCAGGCGUGACGGUGCUAGCAGUGGGUAUAGACCAAGCUGACAGAGAGGAACUGCGGCUGGCUGUGACGGAUCGAAACCCACAGAACAUUCUGUACGCUAGUACGGCAGAACGUCUGAACACACUACAUGCUGAUUUGGCUGACUUGCUUUGUGGGAUCGCCAGAAUUCCAGAGGUGAUUCCUGGUCCAGAGCAGUGUACUGUACAGUGUCCUCAGGGUGAAAAGGGAGAUCGUGGUCAGAAGGGUGAAAGAGGCAGAGACGGCACAGAUGGACGCAAGGGUGAGCCUGGCCGUGAUGGUUUGCCUGGGAGGGAGGGUCCCAGGGGACCAGAAGGUCGACCAGGAACACCAGGAAGACCUAUCCCUAUUAACCCUUCCCAGGUUAUAAAAGGGGAAAAGGGGGAGAGAGGUUUUCCUGGAGUGGAUGGAAAUCCAGGAUUACCAGGAAGACCAGGGGCUGCUGGAAAUGCAGGUGUUCCAGGUUCACAAGGUCUUCCUGGAGUCAGAGGAAGUACAGGUGAACCAGGAGGACAGGGCACACCUGGGCCAAAGGGGGAUAAAGGUGAAAGGGGGGAACCUGGUUCAGUUGUAUCCAGUUUGCCAGGCAGGAAAGGAGAACCAGGCGUCCCAGGAAUACCAGGUACCCCAGGGCGACCCGGCAUAGAAGGAGCCAAAGGAGCCCCUGGAGUUCCAGGUACACGAGGUCAGGAUGGUCGGCCAGGAAUUCCAGGAACACCAGGACUUUCCAUUAAGGGAGAUAAGGGCAGUCAAGGAGAGCGGGGACCUCCAGGAAUAGGAAGCGGCGUGGCCGUGAAGGGUGAAAAGGGCUCCCCUGGUAUUCCAGGAGCUGCAGGUGUCCUGGGACCUAGAGGGCCAGCAGGACCACAGGGCAGUAAAGGGGAUAAGGGCGACGAUGGCACUGGACUGCCUGGACCUCAGGGAAAGCAAGGAGAGCCCGGUGACAGGGGCCCCCGUGGACCUGCAGGCGAGAUUGGCAGCAAGGGCGACAGAGGACAGCCAGGUGAACCUGGGACACGAGGAGACAGAGGGGAGCGAGGGCCUGUUGGGGAGACUGGAGAGAAAGGUGAUCAAGGAAAGGCAGGGAUCCCAGGAACACCAGGCCUGAGAGGUUUACCGGGACCAAGUGGACCAGCAGGAGAAAAGGGAAAUGAAGGAGCACGAGGGGAGCCAGGAAGAAGUAUGCCAGGUUUACAAGGAAGGAAAGGAGAACAGGGAGAACGAGGUCUUCCUGGCUCUGAUGGUCUAAAGGGAGAUAGGGGAGAACCAGGACAAAGAGGAGAGAAAGGUUCUCCAGGUUCAGGAGGCUCAGGUGUUGUUGGACCUAAAGGAGAGCCAGGAGAGCCAGGACGUCCAGGUCUUAAUGGACGACCGGGAGCCAAGGGAGACCCAGGAGAACCAGGCGAGAGAGGAGAGAAUGGUCGCCCGGGAAUCCCUGGAAAACCCGGGCUUGGUGGAAAACCGGGAGAAAAGGGUGAUAAGGGCGAUGAAGGCACACCUGGAGAAUCAGGACUUCCAGGAAAGCCAGGAGAAAGAGGUUUGAGGGGAUUGGCGGGUCAGCCGGGGCGGCCAGGAGAGAAAGGAGACAUGGGAGAUCCAGGAGAGCAUGGGAGAAAUGGCAGUCCUGGACCCGCUGGACCGAGAGGAGAGAAGGGAGAGCAAGGACUUCAAGGGCCUGCAGGGCCACCAGGACAAAUUGCUGAGCUACAGGGUCAGCUGAAAGGAGAGAGAGGAGAGAAGGGUGAUGCUGGCGACCCAGGAGAGCAUGGCGGCAAAGGUCAGAAAGGGGAAGCGGGAACUCCUGGAGCUCCAGGACUGCGAGGUCCAGAGGGACUUAGGGGACCUGCAGGCAUAAAAGGUGACACGGGAGAAAGAGGAUCACCUGGAGAGAAGGGAGAAAGAGGAGCCUCUGGGCUGGAUGGCCGUCCUGGUCUGGAUGGUAAACCAGGCUCUCCUGGACCCCCCGGACUAAGGGGAGAUCCUGGAAAACAAGGUGAUGCUGGGAGAGAUGGAUUGCCAGGACUGAGAGGAGAACAGGGUCCUCGGGGGCCAGCUGGUCCUCCAGGAAAUCCAGGAAUACCUGGUAAAGCAGGCGAAGAUGGCAAACCUGGUCCUCAAGGAAAAAUGGGUGAGGAUGGAGUGCCAGGAGAAGAUGGAAGAAAGGGUGACAAAGGAGAAGACGGGGCAGCUGGGAGAGAUGGCCGUGAUGGACAGAAAGGAGACCGUGGGCCUGCAGGGCCUCCAGGCCCCUCUGGACCCCAGGGGCCUGCUGGAUUGCCUGGCAGCAUUGGCCCUCCUGGACAGGUUGUGUACGUAAAAGGGGCUGAAGCUGCACCCAUUCCGGGUCCACAGGGGCCUCCAGGGACUCCAGGUGUCCCUGGAAUUCCAGGAGCUAUGGGAGCCCGAGGGGAGCGAGGUCCAGCAGGUCCUAAGGGAGAUGCUGGAGACCCGGGAGAGGAUGGGGCUCCUGGUAAACCUGGGACAGCAGUGGAUGUACAAAAAGCACUGACGGGCCUUGGGAUACUGGUAUCUGAUCUGAAGGUGCUUGUAGACAGGAAGGACACAAUUCUAUCUCCUGCAGUGCCAAAGGUUGAAAGGGGUGAAAAGGGAGACAGAGGGGAACCUGGGUCAAGAGGACCAUCUGGAGCAGAUGGCCCCCGUGGUUUUCAAGGAGAUAGGGGACCAAAAGGGGAACAAGGGGAGCGAGGACCCAUCGGACAAACAGGGCCUCCAGGAAGAGCCAUUGUAGAACGAGGACCAGAGGGUCCCCAGGGGCCAGCUGGAGAGCCUGGUAAGCCUGGAAUACCAGGUGUUCCGGGAAGAGCAGGGGAACUUGGAGAGGCUGGAAGACCAGGAGAGAAAGGAGAUAGAGGGGACAAAGGUGACAAAGGCGAAGCUGGUCUAAUUGGAUUACCAGGACCAGCUGGCCCUCCAGGUCAAAAGGGUGAUUCGAUUUUGCCUGGUGUUCCUGGACUUCGAGGCCCUCCGGGACUUAAGGGAGAGCCUGGUUCUUCAGGACCAUUAGGACCCAAAGGAGAGAGGGGUUAUGUAGGACCUCGUGGUGAAAAAGGAGAUAGAGGGGAGCCUGGAGAAAAAGGACGUGAAGGCUCAAUGGGCAUCCCAGGAGAACCUGGAAAACCUGGACAGGAGGGGAAACCAGGCUUGCCUGGGUUCCCAGGAGUUCUAGGCAGACCGGGAAACCCAGGAGAGCCUGGCAUGAGAGGACCAACUGGACCCAUGGGCCCUACUGGUAUGCCAGGUCCACCAGGUAUAAAGGGUAAUCAAGGAGAAGCAGGCAUUGGGAUCCAGGGUCCUCCCGGUGCUCAGGGGAGCACAGGUCGGCCUGGACCAGCAGGUCCCCCAGGAGCUGUUGGUCCGCAGGGGCCCCCAGGAUUGACGGGGCAGGUGGGUGAGGCAGGGAAGCCUGGUGUCCCUGGAAGAGACGGAGUUCCGGGUAAAGAAGGACUACCUGGGUUACCUGGAAAGCAGGGUAUUUCAGGACCUCCAGGGCUGCCUGGCAUUAAGGGGGAGCAGGGAGACAGUGGUCCUCCUGGGAAGGCUGUGAAUGGAGCUCCUGGUCCUAAAGGAGACAGAGGUCCACCAGGUGUAACGCUGCCAGGUACGGUUGGAGAGCGAGGUCUAGCUGGGGAAAAGGGUACCAAGGGAGAAAAAGGUCCUGCUGGCAUCAAAGGAGCCACGGGAAUGGCUGGUGAACCAGGAGAACCUGGAGAGGAUGGAGCACCGGGACCACCAGGGCCUAAAGGAGAUAAGGGAGAGAGGGGUGUUGGACAGACAGGUCCGUCUGGUCGUAUUGGGCCUCCAGGUUUGAAGGGAGAUCCAGGGCUUCCUGGUCCAGCUGGCCCUCCAGGCCCCCAGGGGAAGGCUGGAGAUCCUGGAUUGCCUGGUGUGCGAGGGGAAAGUGGACAACCAGGACCUCCUGGACCCCCGGGAGAGAGGGGCCUCCAGGGGUUUGCUGGCCGCCCGGGAAACACUGGGCCUCCUGGACCUCCUGGGCCUGCGGGACAGGCAGGUAAAACAGGAGAACCUGGAGAACGAGGAUCCACCGGAUUUCCAGGUGCCCGCGGACCUGGUGGACAGAAGGGAGAAGCAGGUGAUCCUGGAGUUCCUGGUGAAUCGGGUUUACCCGGAAAAGAUGGCCUAUUGGGGCGUAAAGGGGAAAAGGGAGAAGUCGGUAUCAGUGGACUGAGAGGAAUCAAGGGCGACCGUGGACCCAAGGGGGCUUGUGGAGCUGAUGGACCCAAAGGAGAAAAGGGGGAUUCAGGCAUUCAUGGACGAUCAGGCUUACCAGGGAGAAAGGGUGAACAGGGCGACAUCGGGCCUGCUGGGGCCCCUGGGAUUCCAGGAAAAGAGGGACUUAUUGGCCCAAAGGGUGAUCGAGGUUUUGAUGGAGCUGAUGGACCUAAAGGAGCUCAAGGAGAGAAAGGUGAAAGGGGAGCAUCUGGUAUACCUGGUCCUCCAGGUCCCAGAGGGCUAGAUGGCCCCCCUGGCUUGACUGGCCCACAAGGACCAGCUGGUGCGAAAGGCCCUGAGGGACUCCAAGGACAGAAGGGGGAGAGAGGUCCUAUUGGUCCUGCAAUGGUGGGUCCUCGGGGUAUCCCAGGAAUCCCAGGAGAGAGAGGAGAGCAGGGAGACAUGGGACCAGAUGGAGCCAAGGGAGACAGAGGAGAGCCAGGCAUGACGGAAGAUGAGAUCAGAGAGUAUGUUCGCACUGAAAUGAAACAGCACUGUGCAUGUGGAGGUUCAAGCCCUGACACUCUGUCCCAGCCCGCAUUCAGGGCUCGACCUACAACAGAGCAAGAACUGGUACUGAAUGGUGAGAAGGGACGGGAGCUGCGUGUGGUGGUAAACACCAAUGACCCAGAGUACGAGCACAUCUAUUCCAUUGAGGCCCUGGACGAACCCACGGACGACCUGCUCUACUUCUCCACAGAAUCAGCCAAUCACACUGAAGGUGAAGAUUUAAAAACUGUUUUGGAAAAGUCUGCCAAAGUAGAUCCAAAUAAAUCAAGCACUGCAGCCUUCACUGGAAAAACGUCUGAAAAAAGUCAGAAAAAAGGGAAAGCUCCGCCUCUGACUAGGGAGAACUCAGGAUCAGUCAGGCCCAAGAGGAGUCUGCAAGAGGAAGGUUUAACAGACCUUUGUCUGCUGCCCAUGGAUGAGGGCAGCUGUCAGAGGUACACCCUGCGCUGGUACUUCAACAGCCAGGUUCAAGCCUGCAGGCCUUUCAUCUACAGCGGCUGCAAAGGAAACAACAACCGGUUCCUUCACCAAGAGGAGUGUGAGGAGGCCUGCCUCAGGAAGAACAAAGAUAUUCAACCAUUAGAAAUACCACGGUGAUUAUGGCUACCUUUGCUCCACCACAAGAAUGUUGUUGUUUUGUUUUUUGCUGAUUUUGUUGCAGAUGUCAGUUGUUUUUUGUUUAUUUAUUGCUUCAUCACACCUAGGAAGACUUGACGCUGCUUUCAAAGGUCCAUAUUACUUCCCAGUUCAUUUUUUUUCCAAACUAAAUUGCAGUUUUUAUGUUUAGACAUAAUUUAUUAUUCUGACACCAUGUUAUUUCUAUGUCUUGAACUUGAGAAACAAAUCUUUUUAUACAGUAAAUCAUUAACACAGCUUUAAGGUAUUUUAGUACCUUUCAGUAUACAUAUUCAUAUAAGUAUAUGUAAUACAUAUAAGUGCAAAUUAAGCAAGGAGAGAUUAAGAACAACUCAACUCACCUUAUUGUGUAGCACAUACAAAAGAAAUAUAUUUUUAUUGGUGUUUGGUUAAAGUUAUAAAGAAUAUGUUUACAUAGAGGCUAAACCAGUGAGAAACUCUGAGAUGCAAAAUGUGUAUUAACACAUCAGUGUAAUAAUUACUCCCAUAUUAGAUAUGAAAUUAAAUGGAAGCAAUGAUUUAAAGAAAACUGCAAUUAAGAUGCAGAGC